GUAGAUAAUUGGUGCAACUGUGAGUUAUUGUAAAGUGACUGUAAAUUAAUCUUGAAUUUACUUAAAAUCGUUUAUAUUUUACAUAAUUUGAAAUCUUUAAAACUUCGUAUUGGCUUUUAAUGAAAAAGUGACAGAAAGAGGAAUCAGCAACAAAAACUUGAGAAGUCAAUAUGGAAGAUGCAGCGUCAAAGGACGCCAUUGAGGAAGAGAUAAAAUUUAGGCCGAAAAAGAAGAAAAACCUACGUCAAAGAGUUAAACUCGAAGAUGAGGAAUCUGAGGAUGAGGAAGUGAUAUUAGCUAGAUUGGAAGAAGCGAGAGAAAUCCAGAAACUUCGCGAACGGCCGAACGGCAUCAGCGUGGUUGCUUUAGCGACUGGACAAAAGACCUCUUUGGUUGAAGAAGUCGCAUGUAAGGACCCUUAUAAUGUUAAGGCUGGGGGCAUGGUGAAUAUGCAGGCUUUAAAAAGCGGGAAAGUGAAGCAAGUGGAUGACGCGUAUGACACAGGAAUUGGUACGCAAUUCUCUGCCGAAACCAAUAAACGGGAUGAAGACGAAGAAAUGAUGAAGUACAUUGAAGAGCAGCUGGCGAAACGAAAAGAGGGGCAUGAUCAGAGCAAAAAGGAUUGUGAUGACAGUGACACCCUGAAAUACUUCCCACCAGAAGAAGCAGCAUUGUUAUCGCUACCAGAACACUUGCGAGUGUCUUCUACCCACAGGUCAGAGGAAAUGCUUUCCAAUCAAAUGCUCAGCGGUAUACCCGAAGUCGAUCUGGGUAUAGAUGCUAAAAUUAAGAACAUUGAAGCAACAGAGGAAGCCAAAAUGAAGUUGCUAUGGGAGCGACACAACAAGAAAGAUGGCCCCUCCCAAUUUGUGCCAACAAAUAUGGCAGUGAACUUUGUGCAACACAAUAGAUUCAAUCUAGACAGUGUUAACGCUAAAAAGAGAAAAGUUGAAAAACCGGAGAGCCAAAAAACUGAAGCUAGUGUGAUUGAUGAGAGUGUUAAUAAAAUUGUUAAAAAAGCUAAGGGUGAACGGGCAACUGAUGACUAUCAUUAUGAAAAGUUCAGAAAACAGUUCAGACGGUACUAAAAAAAAGUGUUUGUGUUAGGUCUGUCUAAAUGUUGUCUCUAUUAUACUAAUUUUGUCUCUCUCCAGGCUGUCUCUUGUGAUUAAGGAUCGUGAUCAGUUAAUAUUUUGUGUUGAAGGAUUUCCUUUAGUAUAAUAUUUUUAAAGCUGAGCAUGUGACACUUCAGUUUCUUUCAGUUGGUCUGACCACUUGAUAGGAGAGCUUCCUCGUGCCUCUUGCUUGCCAAUUCAGCUGUGAUUAGCUUCGUAAUACACUCAUUUAUGUGAGGGAUUAAUAGUAUUGUGAGAAAAAGUUUUCUCUAGAUAUUUCCUCUCUAUUACAAAAUUACAUCAGUUUAUUAGUAUAGUUUAUCACAAGAUAAACUGAAGUGAAACUUUCAGGACCAAUUGAGGGCAAGAUAUCAAAGUUAGUAUAGUUUGUUGUUAGAUGUUUUUUGUUUUGUCUACAUAGUAACUUGUCUUUUUAGACAAGCCAUUGCCCAUUAGUUUAUCUGAAGUUAUUUUUAUGUAUACAGUUUGUGCUCAAAUAUCAUCCCUUAAGAGAUGGUACUGGACCAUCUCUUUUGCCAAAUGAUAAUGUUCUAACUUUGAGAGCAUAACACAAUAAAGGGAUUAGGUUAGAUGAAGUUAAACUGCUGAAUAAUUGGCAAUAAUUAUAUUUUUAUUUCACUUCUUCUUAUAACUUAUUACACUUCUUGCUGUUAUUAAAUCUCAACCAGGUAUAUUUUACAUCAUUAUAAAUUCAAUAAUUAUUUAUAGACUUUUUUAAGUCAUACAAUUCAAUCAACUAAAAUGAAAAAUACUUUAAUACAGAUCGUUUAUCGAUCACAGGUAGAAG